AUGAAAAGCCUCCGCGUCACGUCACAUUACGAUGUGUCCCCUGACGUGUUCGCCCAGGCGAUCAAGAAAUUCCCUCUGCUCGAGGAGCUCGAGCUAGUGCUCGUAGCUGACGCCUACACCUACACAACCGAGUCUGAACAACCACCUGCUACCAACUCCUGGGUGGAGCUGUUCCAAUCCGCUUGUGAAGCUUGUAGCCAUCUGCACAAUUUCACCGUGCGCCGUGCUGGCAAAGUGACACGCUUCGACAGCGACUAUCCAAGGGAACGCAGCAGCCCAACACCUUUGUCAAUCCCAGUGAUGCACGGCCUGCACUCCCUCGAGCUCUCUGAUGGCAGCUUCACCGAGGAUGUGGUGAUGCAGAUUGUGGACAAAUGCCCUAGUCUCGAGUCUCUCAACAUUAACGUGCUGACAUACCAAUGGGAUGAAGAAGAGCUGAGGAACAAGUGCUCUAGGAUAAAGGAUCUCAAGCUUCAAUUUUCGUAUUAUUACGACAGCGAUGAUUUUGAUGAUAUCUCAUGA